CCCGGUCGCAUCUUGAUUGAACGCGUUCCCCGCGUGCGCCACACAAGCAACGUCAUGUCCCGCUGACUAGCUGCUGCGGCGCUGCUACCUGCUGCAGCAGCCACUCCCAUGUGCUCUUGCCCCAUGAGCUGCGUGCCGCCUGAAAUUCCUCAAAAUACCUGUAGCACGCUCUCCUGAAUUCUCGAAACGUUACACACGUCGAUAUUGGCGGUUGUUGCAGCCUGCUUGCCCCGCCAUGGCCUCUCCGGCACCACCGAGCCCGCCCUCGCCGUCCGCGUCGUUCUAUGAUGUGAGCGACGACGAUGAGGGCGAGUACAACACGAUAAGACACACUGAGAGCGGGAAAGGCGUGAAGUUACUGUACACUAAGAGCAAAGUAUACGUCCACCCCUCACCCUCCGCCAAAGACAACAUUCCAGGCUUCGUAGCACUUAUUCAGCAGAAGUCGGCCAAGAACACAAAUGAUGCCCGCCCUACGUCGUCUGCGUCGUCGAAAAGCGUCAGCUCCUCGUCGCUGCUCCUUGCCUGGAUGCCCGAGUCCGCCCUGGGUGAUGCCUACGACACCUACGUGAAGGUCGACCUUUCAGACUCGUCUGCCCCGCCCAAGAUCUCGUACCUCGUCCCUCCUCCGCCAACUACCUCCUCACACACAGUCACGCCCGGCUAUGCCUUCGCUAUCCCUGUGAGCGAGAUAUACUCUCUGCUGGUACGCCCACCGAGCUUAGGAUGGUGGUUCGGCAGCGUUGUAGUGAAUACACGUGCAGGCGACAGCUUCCCUGCGCUAUUCUUCCACGACAGUGAAUGUCAGUCCACCAUCCUGCAGAGGAAGAAGCUUGCAAAAGAAACCUUCGACCCCUUCGGCGAUGGCGGCGGCAUGUUCUGGGGUGGCGACGAGGUCUUGCGAUGGUUGAAACGCUAUGUGACAGUCGAAAGAUCUGGUGCCGACCCUAGUAUAUACCUUAUUGAGCCCACCGAGGACGACAAGCAAUCGUUUGGUAAGAACGCGCCAGGAUCUGCAAAGAAGAACAAGGAUGGCGAGGCUUCUUCUUCACAAACACAAGGCAAGCGCGACGGGGGCAUGGAUCCAGUCACAAAAGCCUUCAAGGAAGCGAGGUGGAACAUCCUCGAGAAGCUCAGUCAGGUCACAACAUUUACAAGGAAGACGGCGCAGGCCGUAGCAGAGAACCCCAAGAUACCCCCUCAGGUUAGGCGCCUGAUCCAGAAUCCAGAAGUACAGACCCUGCAAGAUGAGUUUGACAGUGCACGCAUAUACUUGGCUAGAUGGGCUAUGGGUAUAGCUGAGCAAAGCGAGCGGGAGCGAAACCAGAGGAUAUGGACAGCGAAAGAUGUUCUGGCGAUGGAACAGGGCGACCUUGGCGACUUCGAGAUCCUCGACAUGGACAAGAUGACUAUGGCGGACCGCAGAAAGCCAGUCACGCUAGAGGAGUGGAAGGGUUUCUUCGACGACACUGGUCGCUUACAGUUGACGCCAGACGAGGUCAAGGAGCGGAUAUUUCACGGUGGUCUCGAUCCUGAUGAUGGCGUACGAAAAGAGGCGUGGCUCUACCUUCUUGGCGUCUAUGAGUGGGAUAGCAAUGAGGAGGAACGCCGUGCGAAUAUUAACAGCCGUCGAGACGAGUACAUCCGCCUGAAGGGUGCUUGGUGGGAGCGAAUGGUCGAGGGUCAACAGACCGAAGAGCAGGCUGAGUGGUGGAAGGAGCAGAAGAACCGCAUAGAGAAGGAUGUGCACCGAACAGACCGAACCAUUCCAAUCUUCGAAGGAGAGGACAUACCUCAUCCUGACCCCGACUCGCCUUUUGCCGAGGUGGGCACCAACGUGCACCUGGAACAGAUGAAGGAUAUGCUCUUGACCUAUAACGAGUACAACAAGGAUCUCGGCUACGUUCAGGGUAUGAGCGAUCUCCUUGCACCCAUUUAUGCAGUUAUGCAGGAUGAUGCGAUUGCAUUCUGGGGUUUUGUCGGAUUUAUGGAUCGAAUGGAACGAAAUUUCCUUCGCGAUCAAUCCGGCAUGCGUAAGCAACUCACGACCCUCGAUCACCUCGUACAACUCAUGGACCCCAAACUCUACCUCCACCUACAAUCCGCCGACUCCACAAAUUUCUUCUUCUUCUUCCGCAUGCUUCUCGUCUGGUACAAGCGUGAGUUCGAGUGGCCAGACGUUCUGCGCCUUUGGGAGUCCUUAUGGACAGACUACUGCAGCAGCAACUUCCACAUUUUCAUUGCACUUGCAAUUUUGGAAAAACAUCGCGACGUUAUAAUGGCGCAUCUGAAGCAUUUUGACGAGGUGCUCAAAUAUGUGAACGAGCUUUCGGGUACCAUGGACCUGGAGUCGACGCUUGUACGCGCCGAGUCUCUCUUCCGUAGAUUCCAGAGAACUGUUGAAACAGUUGACAAGAAAGGGAAUUUCCCCUCUGCUCCGCAGGCGAGGCAAAGGAAGCAGGCAGCCGUGAUAGCUUCAGGGCCAGGACCCAUGCCUAAGCUGCAAGAGACCGAGUCACAAGCUUCGUCAUCUGGCACCGACAAGGGUAAGCAAACAAGCACAGAUGACGACACGGAUGCGAAAGUCAUCAGUCCAGAGCUUCGUGGCCUAUUGAGCCGAAAGGUGGAAGUCCUAACGAAAGAGGAUGUUGCCAAGAAGGGCGAAGGUGUGGGAUCAUGAGUCGUUUCGACGUUUACUUUGCAUCAGAAUGUCCGGCGUUGGUAAUGACUGUGAAUAUUGAUAAAACC